CCCGCUCGCCUAAAAGAGAGCGGCGCGCGAAGCCAGGCCCCGCCCCCGGCCCACCUCUUCCGUUUGGCCCGUGGAGUCUGCGCGGCCCGGGGAUCCGUUCCGACACGGCCACGUUGCCCUGUGAGCCAGUCGGCGGCGCCGGAUCCCCGACGCCCCUCUGUUCGGCCCCCGGCCGGGCUCCGGAGUCCAGGCCUUCCCGCGCUCUCGGCGGGGUGCAGCGGUGCGGGGAUUGGUCCGGCCGCCGGAGAGCUCGGCGCGCCUCGGCCAUCCCGGCCUUGGAGGCCCCGCCCCGCUCCGGAGAGGAGAAGCCGAGCGAGCGCGCCGGGCUCAGCCAGAGCUCGGCUCCGGGCUCAUGCCCUGCGGCCCAGCCUGCCCGCGACAUGGCCUCCGGGAGCGUGGCCGAGUGCCUGCAGCAGGAGACCACCUGCCCCGUGUGUCUUCAGUACUUCGCGGAGCCCAUGAUGCUCGACUGUGGCCACAACAUCUGUUGCGCCUGCCUGGCCCGCUGCUGGGGUGCGGCGGAGACGAACGUGUCGUGCCCGCAGUGCCGGGAGACCUUCCCGCAGCGCCACAUGCGGCCCAACCGGCACCUGGCCAACGUGACCCAGCUGGUGAAGCAGCUGCGCACCGAGCGGCCGUCGGGGCCCGGCGGCGAGAUGGGCGUGUGCGAGAAGCACCGCGAGCCGCUGAAGCUGUACUGCGAGCAGGACCAGAUGCCCAUCUGCGUGGUGUGCGACCGCUCGCGGGAGCACCGUGGCCACAGCGUGCUGCCCCUCGAGGAGGCGGUGGAGGGCUUUAAGGAACAAAUCCAGAAUCGACUCGACCAUCUAAGAAGAGUGAAGGAUUUGAAGAAGAGACGGCGGGCGCAGGGGGAGCAGGCGAGAGCUGAGCUCCUGAGCCUGACCCAGAUGGAGAGGGAAAAAAUCGUUUGGGAAUUUGAGCAGCUGUAUCACUCCUUGAAGGAACACGAGUAUCGCCUGUUAGCUCGCCUCGAGGAGCUAGACUUAGCCAUCUACAACAGCAUCAAUGGUGCCAUCACUCAGUUCUCCUGCAACAUCUCUCACCUCAGUGGCCUGAUUGCCCAACUGGAAGAGAAGCAGCAGCAGCCCACCAGGGAACUCUUACAGGACAUUGGAGACACACUGAGCAGGGCUGAAAGAAUCAGGAUCCCUGAGCCCUGGAUCACACCUCCAGAUCUACAAGAGAAAAUCCAUAUUUUUGCCCAAAAAUGUCUGUUCUUGACAGAAAGUCUGAAGCAGUUCACAGAAAAGAUGCAGUCAGAUAUGGAGAAAAUCCAAGAAUUGAGAGAGGCUCAGUUAUACUCAGUGGACGUGACCCUGGACCCAGACACAGCCUACCCCAGCCUGAUCCUUUCUGAUAAUCUUCGUCAAGUGCGGUACAGUUACCUCCAGCAGGACCUACCAGACAACCCUGAGCGGUUCAAUCUGUUUCCCUGUGUCUUGGGCUCUCCAUGUUUCAUCGCUGGGAGACAUUACUGGGAGGUAGAGGUGGGAGAUAAAGCCAAGUGGACCAUAGGUGUCUGUGAAGACUCGGUAUGCAGAAAAGGUGGGGUGACCUCAGCGCCCCAGAAUGGAUUCUGGGCAGUGUCAUUGUGGUAUGGGAAAGAAUACUGGGCUCUUACCUCCCCGAUGACUGCCCUCCCCCUUCGGACCCCUCUUCAGCGGGUAGGGAUUUUCUUGGACUAUGAUGCUGGUGAGGUCUCCUUCUACAAUGUGACAGAGAGAUGCCAUACCUUCACUUUCUCUCAUGCUACCUUCUGUGGGCCAGUCCGGCCCUACUUCAGCCUCAGUUACUCGGGAGGGAAGAGCGCGGCUCCUUUGAUCAUCUGCCCUAUGAGUGGGAUUGAUGGGUUUUCUGGUCAUGUGGGGAAUCACGGUCAUUCCAUGGAGACCUCCCCUUGAGGAAGUGGACUGAGACCACAAGUGCUGUUGGCUGUAAUCCUACCCCAGACACACAGGAUCUUGUCGACUUGUCAAUUCCUGUCCAUCAAAGCCAGGUGUCCUUACCAUUUCCCAUGCCCUUACAGAGAGACAAUGAGUUCAUGGUCUCUAGUAUACUUUCCCUUCCCUUGCAGAUUGUAAGAUGUAAUGAGAAGUAUUGCUAUUUCCCAGAAAUAAAAACCAGAUUCCUCCUCCUGUGUUUUACACUUUUGUUGGUUUUUACACAUGACUGAAAUAGAUGAAGACUAUGGAUAGGAUUUAGAGAACCGCUUGCAAGGUUCCUGUCCUGGCUUUUCUCAGUGAUGGGCUUUGAUGUAGAAGUGUAAGUCAAAUAAACCCGUUUCUCCCCGAGGUGCUUUUGGUCAGCGUCUAUCACAGCAGCAGAGAAGCUGAGAGAAAUUGUUACUAGGCCGGUGAAAAUGCAGUGAUAGUUCUAACCUUGUUUUGGGAAGGACUGUGAAAGUGUUUGGAACUUUGGUUUGGAAAAGCCAUUGAAUAUUAAAAGUAUAAUGGGCUGUGGGGUCUUGGAAAAUAAGAGUGUUGAGAGAAACGCAGAUGAUAGAGACCCGACUUGUGAAGCUGCAGAGAAGCAAAGACUAUUGGGGUCAUUUGUGUGAUUUUUCAGUCUGUCUACAAAGCGAGUUCCAGGACACCCAGCCGAUACUGUUACACAGAGAAACCCUGUCUUUAAAAAAAAAAAACACAAAAAGAAUGUGUGAUUUCUGACAGCUGGGGCUGAAGAAUUGGCUGUGAGCAAGAGGCCAGCACCACUGACGUGAAACCUUAGCUUUAUUGGGACAGUCGAUACUGGUCAACUGGGGUGAAGAUCAGCUGAUUAACAACAGGCUAACCCUGUUGAGACGAAAUCUUCUGGGAAGUAUUUCCUCCAGAUCUGCACAGAGAGACUGGUCCAGAAGAGACCAAUUCUGCAUCUCAAGCUAGUAGCAAAACUUGGUAAUGUGUAGGCAUCUCCCAUGUAGUACUUGGUUUGACUGCAUGAACAAGGUUUAAGGGUCAUGGCGAGAAGCUGCGAUUUGGCAUCCUGUAGUAGCGACACAGUUCCUGAAGAGAGGUGUGGCCAGUUGCAGCGGAGAGCCUGGCAUACUGGCGAUGAUGGAACUAUAGGAUGACCAGCAGGUCCACCAGCAGAUGUGGGCCUGUCAGACGAGUUUGUGCUGCAUAAGGUGGAGCCAGAGAGGCGAAGCUAUGUAAGCCCUUUGGAGCCCAGAAGAUCAUGAGUCCCAAAUGUUGGACGGUUAUUUAACUAUUCAAAUUGGGUUUAAUUUGGUUUGUUUGUGACUGUGCCCAGGUUCUGCUCUCUUGAAGUGUAUGUAACUUGUAUUUUGAUUUUACAGGAAUCCACUUAAUGAGAUUUUGGACAAUUUAAAGAGAUUUUGGAGUUUAAAAGUGUUUGAAUUUUUUAAAGCCUAUAGAACUUGAACAUAUUUUUAUUGCUGUUUGUGUGUGUGUGUGUGUGUGUGUAUGUGUGCAUGAAUGCAGGUGCCUAAAGAAGCCAGCUAAAAUCUGGGAAGAAGGAACCUCGACUGAGAAAAUACCCCCAGCAAACUGGUCUGUAGACAAGUCUGAUGGGGUGUUUUCUUGAUUAAUGAUUGAUAUGGGGAAGGACCAGCUGACUGAGCAGUUCCAUGUCUAGUCAGGUGGUCCUGGGCUAUUUAAAGAAGCAAUCCAAUAAGCAGUGGUCCUCUGUGGUUCUCCUUCAGUUCCUACCUCCAGGUUCCAGCCCUAAGCUCCUGCCUUGACAUCACUCAGUGAUGGACUGUAAUGUGGAAGUGUAAGCCAAAUAAACC